AUGGUGGUGUGCAUACGAUUUCACGGCAAGCUGACCCGGCUGCCCUGCCCAGUCCCCGCACCCCACACUCUCACUCUACCCCACCCACACUCCUCCCUCCGUCAGUCGCUGGAGGCCCUGGCGGACCACCACAUGGUGGUGUGCAUACGAGCACGCGGCAAGCUGCCUGCGGAGCAGCGCGCGGCGUUUGACGACGCCGUGAAGCACAUGCAGGGCGCACUCACGCUGGGGGAGCAGGGCGGGGAGGGGGAGGAGGACGAGGAGGAGGGUGAGGGGGGUGCGGGGGAGGAGUUGCUGGGGAUAGAGGGCAUGGAGGAAGAGGAGGAUGAGAUGAAUGUGCUGAGGGAGUCGAGUGUGAGCAAGGCACAGGAGCUCGCCAGUGGGUUCCGUGCGAAGCUGAGUGCGGAGGUGCCGGUGAAGGAGGCGGUGCAGCGCACAGUGGACCGCCUCGACGCCCUCCGCACUGAGGGUGUGCAUCGCCUGUCGGAGCUAUCAGCGCUGUGUCUGCUGCACAUGCUGCACAUUGCAAACUCCUGCAUUGCCUCGCCGGCGGCCAAGCCCACGGAGGGCGAUGCUGCAGAGGAGGAGGAAGACACAGGCUCGUUCCGGUGGCCGGCAGGGAGGGAGGAGAGAGCCAGGCUGGUGGUGGCACGGGCACGUACUCUGGCCAGGGGGGCCAGGACAGUCAUCCGUAGCUUCCUCAAAGGUGUUGCUGACGUGGAGCAGGCCUUCCAAAGUGUCAGCACAAGGAGCACUACAGGGAGUGGCUCCAGGAAAGAACCCACAGAUGUAGCAGCAGAAGGGGUAACCGGAGAAGAAGCAGCGGCGGCGGCGGCAGUAGCAGAGGCGGAGGCAGCAACAGCAGCUUUGGUGAGACGAGUGGAGGUGAAGAAGGGCAGUGUGGCCGAUGGAUUGGUGGCAGAUGGGAAAGCGGCACGGGAGAAGCUGGAGAGUGCGCUGCAGCACUUGGUGUAUGUUGUGAUGGCUUCAUCUAGAGGGCUCACUCAUACACCGUAG